AAUCAGGAGAAGAUCAUUCGCAGCAGGCAACAGCACGGUACAGAGAAGUGGACAUCAACUCAAACAGGCAGUGUUUUGAGGCUGUCCGCCAUAGGCAGCAAAACACAGGAGUCGGUGCACAGCACAACAAGGAAAAAGGGAAGGAAGAGUCAGACAGGAGCAGCUGUGAUUUGUUCAACAAAAGAGCGUAAAAAGAGCGAAGGCCAUUCCGCUUGUUGUACGUGGCAUAAGAUUAGAGCAGGGCCGAGCUUGCACUACACGGGCAACGACCGCGAGCGGCUGCUUGCGAAGAGGGGGGUGAUAAGGGUGGAGAAAGGUUCGACCCUUCCGGAGCUUUUUGCGCGGAGCGUGCCCCUCACGGCCGAGUAUCCACCCUGGCGGGGCCAGUAGCACCCGGAGAGAGCAAGGGCGGGGUAGGAGGGGAGAAGCGAACCUGCAGGGACAUCAUGGGCGUUGGCGUCAGCGCCUGCAAGGGCCUGGUCCACCCUCAGGGGGAGGACCCGACCAGCGGGGAGCCCGAACGAUCACUGUCCACGGUGACUCGUCUCCCCUUCCUGUCGGCCUUUGAGGACCGUCCUCCAUUCAAGCCCAGCGAGGCGCUCUCCGACAGGGAUGCGUCUUUGCUCAAAGCCCUAACACACCAUCGCACCCCUUUCGCCGUAGUCGAGACCGACUCGACCGACCUCAACAUUAUCUAUGCCAGCGGCGGCUGCGUUGCCGGCAUGGGCAUGCCGGCGGAGAGCAUCGAGGGCUCCAGCCUGGCCGGGGCGUUGCAGAAGGGGAUCAAGAUGCUAGAUGAAGAUAUCGCGCGAUUGGAGGCGGCUGUUCGAGCAAAGGAGGACUUGUCCCUUGUGGUGCAGGGCUCGAGUGGGAAAAGAAAUUCGAAGAAGGUUCCUUAUACCCAAUUCUUCGUCACUUCGGUCACGAACGAGGCAGGCAAGGCGUUGUAUACCUUCGUCUCUCUGCAGCCGGUGUCGGGACUGGAGGCGGAGCCGUCACAAACCAUGCCGUACCGAUUCCGACGCGCAUGGACGUGCCUCAAACCUUCCUCGGUGUGGAGCCUGUUCACGCCGUACAAGACUCUCUGUGAGGCAGAUGCGGGACUCAUCCACGCGCUGCAAGACCGAAGGGAGAUGUUCUGCAUCACGGACCCAGAUCUUUACGACAACCCCAUCAUUUUUGUUAGCGAUGAUUUUGUGGAUAUGACGGGGUACGAUCGCGAGGAGAUUAACGGCAUCAACUGCCGCUUCUUGCAGGGGGAGAUGACGUCGACAGAGGAUGUCGACGUGAUCCGCUACGGGUUGAGGGAGGAAACUGAUAUGCGCGUGUGUCUCCUCAACUACCGCAAGAACGGGACGGCGUUUCUGAACCAGUUCAACCUCUCGCCUCUUCGAGACACGGAAGGGAAGCUGGCGUUCUUCAUUGGGGUGCAGAUAGAGGUGGAAGACGCGGAGGUGAUGCCUUUCCCGACCACGCGCCAGACCCUGCAAGAAAUGCUCCUCGAUGAGGAGGAGAAGGACUUUUGGGACGAUGCAGAGCUAGCGCCGGCACAGGAGAGAGCGGUGGCAAAACCCCACGCUGCUAUUGAGGAGGCGUUCAACCAAAGUUCUGAUGCGCAAGAGGUGAAGAAAGCAGAGAGCAAGACGGACGCAGCAAGUGGCGGGUUGGAGAGCAAGGGAACGGAGGCACCUGAGUAGACAUAAGGUUCCAAAGGUUCCAGCAGGGGCAGGGCAGGGGGGGGAGGGAAGUCAUUCGCGUACCCCCCCCCCCCUCUCGCCCGCAGGUUGUUUUAGAGUAUCCUGGGUAGAGACGCGAUGGCGAAAGAGAAAAGGAACAAAUGCAUGUAUUUCGCGCUAAGCUACACGUAAGACAGCAAUGCAAGAGGAUAGGAGUCGCGUGCGUGCGGCGCCCAGUACGGAGACAACUGGCGGGGGAUGGGGGCGGGGGGGCGCGCGGUUGCCAUCGAGGCGUACCCUGGGUGGCGGAGAGCUUUCCGGCUAAUAGGAUUUUUAUUGCGGGGGGUGCGAGUGUUGGAUGAUAGACGACUGGGGAACAGCAGUCGAAUGCAAACGCAGCAAAUGCCCUUGCGUGCAGACGUCGUCUGAGAUGGAUGGCAUACCUUUUGUAACUCCUUGGCUAUGCAGUGGUGGCGAGAUAUGUGGUUUGGAAGCGGGGCGGGUGAUAGGGAUUGAUGCGGCGCCAAUCAACAGCAGCGGUCAUUCGAACGCAGAAAUAUUGUAAUACUCAGGCAACGGGACGAAAGGAGGGCGUGGGAGAUGACGUCAAAGACCCGAACAGGCAGCAAUUUCGCCGCCAGUGCUGCUGUGUUGGUUGUGCCCUCUACCCUCACUUGCGUGCUGUUUUGGUGUUGCGAUGGGCCGUUGCGCACGCUUUCCAUUGGACCCCUUGGUUCCUUUUACGUGGUGCACCGAGGCCAUCCCUUGUGUCCUUUCUCUUCCUUUUUUUGCGGUAGUUUUGUGGGGGUUUCAACGAGGACUUCUUUGGCUGCUGCUGGUGGUUCUCGGAAGGGGGGAGUGUUUCUUGCUCGCGACUUGGGUUUCUCUCUCCCGAGAAUGUGCCUGUUGUCUCCCUCGGGUGUACAGGGGACCCCGGCCGCAGCUAUCUGCGCCUCGGAGCUGUCCUCAUUAAACGUCCGUACUGCGUGUGCUGAGUGGUGGUUCCUAGUCGUUUGUUCCCCCCCGCCCCUUCCCUCUUUGCAGCCUGACGAUGUCGAGCAAAGUGCCCCAUGUGUUUGGGGCAGUUGCAACAGCACAGUGGGGUGGGUUGUCAAGAACCCCGCGCGCGGUUUUAGGACGUGUUUUUUUGCAUGUGGUUUUGACGUCGAGGACCGAAGGAAAGGGGGCUCUCACGUGGCCAUGCUUCGAGUCGGCGACGCGCGCACAGCUUUUGAGAGAAAGAGGCGGGUUCCGAGCUGAAGCCGGCACAUUUUCCUGAUUUCCCGUACAACAGUCGACGCUCGCAACUUUUUUACUGAGCACCAGGGGGCCCGGCACAACGUACGAUGAUGGGCUACCCACAUUUAGGCAGGUUGUCUGCCGCGUAUUCUCUCCUUUAUUAUAUCCUGCGGGCCGCUCCUUGCACCCACCACGCACCACAGUAGUGAGUGCAGAAGUAGCGACGCACAGGCAGCAGAAGAAGUAGCGAACGGUCUGCCGCUGCAGCUGUAGUAAUUGGGUCUUGGUAUAGAAAGAUUCCUCCCAUCUACCGGCGGUCCAUCUGAUGCCGCCAAAAAAGUAGUCCAUAACCUCGUUCCUCACCGAGGGCGAGGUUAUUUUUGAUAUCUCUCGCUUGGACGGAGGACGUUCGAAAGGUAUCUGUACGCGAGUACCUACCGUGAGACGCAGAGUACCUUCUUUCGAAAACCGUUCAUUCGUUUCGUCUACUCGUGAAACUCAACAGAGCCGUACAAAUUGUAGAGCCAAGCCGCGGGGGGAAGUUCCGGGAACUAUUCGCGAUAUAUAUAUAUAUAUAUAUGUGUGGAGGAGAAAGCCGUCAGGGUAGCUUUUGGUCUCCGCCGCGACAACAGUGAUAUAUAUGUACUGGUAGUCCUCGGUGCGACGUUGAAAGGGGGGAAGUUCAGGGAACUCUUCGCGAUAUAUAUAUAUAUAUGUGUGUGUGGAGGAGAAAGCCGUCAGGGUAGCUUUUGGUCUCCGCCGCGGCAACAGUGAUAUAUAUGUACUGGUAAUCCUCGGUGCGACGUUGAAAUACGCUCGUUUUUUUUGUUUUCUAAGAAUGUUGUUCUUGUUGUAUUCACAUUAAACCGUAUGUCAGUUGCUAAAUGCCAAAAUCUAGCAAAAGACUCUCAGCCCGUGGUCACGAAAGUGCUAGAGUGACGAUGUCAUCACACAAAACCAACACGGAAAGUCAGAAAAAAAACGAAAAAAAUUGACGACACAGAAUGUUUGUCCGUGCGCCACGGGUCGAUGUCGCCCGCAUGCGCCGGUGCCAUUGCUCCAUCCGGCGCCGCUGUAGUCAGCCCGAGCAAAACGCCACUCGACCUGCUCCGUCCGUACACGCUCUCGUUGCUGUCCUUCCCAGUCCGUUUCUCGCUUUCUCCCUCAUUGCACUCAAGGUGCUUGGUCUGAAAAAAUAUAAAUUCUCGCGCCGAAUGGUCAACCAGCCUAGUUCAGCUCGUCGCCACCUGCUCCCUCCUCCUUUGAUGGCGAAGCCAGGUUACUGAGGCAAUACAGCUCCCUCUAGCAAACCUAGGGCCGUGUAGUGCCCGUCCACCUUUCUGAUGGUGUCUGCCUCCGCGCACAAAAAUGAGAUGGGCAUCACUGCCAACGCCGACGGCCAGAAAGGCCCGCGCAUCUACAUUUUCCCGCCUGACCCCAUCAGUGCC